AUGUAUACCUUUGGUGCAGCAGCUCCAUUGCAUGAGAGUCAGUGUCGUCUGGCAACUCGGGUAUUCAAGGGCCUAGUAAAGUUACCCCCAAAAGAAGUGAUGCUUGAAGAGAUCAAUGCAACACUUGACACCCAACGGAGUGUUGAUGUCAUAGGCUAUCAGGAUGAGUUGUGCGAACUCAUUGGUUGUAAACCCAAAUUAUGUGAGCUGCUCUUAUCAGAUCCGUACCUUGGACUGAAUGCCAUUGUUGGCCCUUGUACUCCCUAUCAAUUCCGUUUGACUGGCCCUGGAAAAUGGGCAGGAGCAAGAUCUGCCAUACUUGAUCAAUGGAAACAAAUGCAUUACCCGACAAAUAAACACCUGAAAUCAAAUCUAUCACCAUGGAUAAAAGACUUUCUAAUUGCAUUUGGUAUAUUUUUUGUGAUGAUUCAAUUUCUUGUCUUUGGAAUAUUCCUGUCAAAAUAA